AGCGAAUGACUUGCGCCCUACGGCUUUCCAUCACCUGAACAUCCUGGACACAAUGCAACUCCACCGCACCCUCGCACUUGUCUGUCUAUAAAGAGGGUCAGGAAGAUAGUUCCAGCCUCCUUUGUGCUCUGAGCAAGCGAAAGGCUAUGUCUGAAGAGGAGGAACACGACAUAAAAGCUGUGGAUGAGCUUGCCAAAGUACUUAGAGACUUAGGUUUUAAUACAACUUUUUGGAUUCCAAAACUACGAAAUAUUUUGGAUAUCACCAAUGUAAAAGCAUUGCAAUAUUUUGGCCCUGAGGAAUUUGAAAUCAUAGAACCACAUUGCCGGCAUUCAUGGGAGAAAAAGGCAUUGUGUAAGUUAGUGGAAAUGUCGGGCAAUGAAGUUGUUUUAAAACAAUCACAACAAUGUGAGCCAAUUGGAAAUAAACAGAAGCAAGAUGCACCAACAAAGCAGCAUCCGGAACAAAUCCAUCAGAAAAGAUUAAUUCACAGUGGUGAGGCCAACGUAGAGACUGAGACAGAGCAGCAAAUGGAAUUGAAAGGAGCAAAAGAACCCCCAUUGUGGGAUGGCAGCCAUUCCAAUGAUAUGGCAAACACUUCUCUAAAGCAGUUAAAUUUAGCAGACAUUUCAACUUUACGUGGGACUAUUUCACGUCUAAGUCUUUUACAAAAUGCAUCUAAAGGACUUGCUUUGGAGGGGGUGUAUCGAACUGGUCAAAUAAAGGAUAGGCUAAAGAAAAGAGGCAAACUCUUAAACAUCCCAAUGUCGUUUGAUCUUGCUGGGCCAGUACAUCAGCCGAUGAUAAAUAAACAAGAGUUUUCAUCAUCUGAAGAGGAAAACAUAUUUGAGACAGCAGUGGAAAUAAUGGGAUUCAAUACCAUAACGACAGAAGAAGGUUUCCUACUGGCCUUGAAUGAAGAAAUCAACUCGCGUCAUAGCAAGGCAUUACACAAUGAAAAAAAGCAACAAGAAAAUCUCACGGAUACCUGCAUUCAUAGCGCCAAAUACCUGUACCUGCCACUUGCCUCAGGAAGUCUUGACUUUAAUCAACUCAAGCUCUCUGAUGAGGCGUUGGAGGAAUUACAAAGCGUUGAAAACACUUUAAAAACCGCCAAGGAUUAUUUUAAAACGCAUGUGCUAAGAAACAGGUUAAGAAGUUUUUUUGAGAAAUUUGGCUCUCAUGCCCAUACAGGUCCUGUCCACUUUGGUGGGAUUUUUAAGUGGAAAGCAUCAGCAGAGGGAAUCAGCUCCGAUGAGAAAAAGGAAGACAGAAAUAUGCUAUCGGAGGCAGUGGAAAGGUAUUCCACUUCUGCCUACAACAUCAGUGGCAGUGCAGGUGGUGUGAGCAUGAUGGCAUCCGAAUUUACCACGGAAUUUUCUGAAAAAUACAAUGCUCCACUUCUUAACAAGGUGACAUUUUUCGUAGGUACAAUAGGUGGACCACCUGGCAUUUGUUCUCUUCAACAAUGGAAAACCGACAUUGUAUCCAACACCAAGACGUGGUCUGUCAUUGAUCUAGGCACAUCAUUGGUUCCAGUGUGGGACAUUGUCAAGUUUAACCACAAGGAUGAUUUUCAAAAUACCUUGAUAGCUAGCAGGCUCAAGGAGGCAUACACACUUUUGACAAACCAAAAUCCAAAUUUUUGUCUAGAGGAUAUAUUGGUCUCUGCUAAUGCUAAAGCCAGGUCAGUGAUGCAAGAUAUUAAACAUUGGCAAGAAUCCGACAUGGAAAAUAAUUUAAAAAAGAUACUUGAUUUGAAACAAACGUUAUAUGAUGAAACGAAAAGCAAUUUAACUUGGAUAAACACCUGUUUAUCUCACCCAGCCCUCCAAUCAUUUUUGUCAAAUCUUGUUACAGCACCUGCCAAAACGGUGAAAAUCACAAAGCUUAUGCAGUCUAUUAUGGAGCCAAACAGCUGUGACGUUGACAGUUUUCCGCAAUUCGCCUCCAUUAUGCAGUGGUUGAAUGAGUCUGAAGGAGUCCCUACUCAUUUAUCUGACUUUAAAGAUCUCGUGAACAUCUUAACAAAAGCAGAAGAACAUUUAAAAUUUGAUUUUUCACAAACUUUUUCAGAAAUUCAUGAAAAAAUAAACAAAGAAAUCACACAUGCAUUUAAUUCAUUCUGUCAAUCACUGAGAACAACAAAACUCAUCGAACAAGAGCUACUCAUCAUUUCAGUUGCUUCUGCUGUUGGCUACUGUGUAAAAGAAAAACGAUUUCAGCAUCCCCUGAAUAACCACAACAUUGAUCAUCUUCAACGUGCACUAGAGUCAGCUUACGGAGAGUACUCACAACUGAUGCAACAGGACAAAUCCAGAGCUCAGGCAUACGUGUUACGGACAGGUUUGUCUAAUGCACGGACUCUUGCCCAAAAGCGAAAACAGUUCGAUUUCAUGAGAUCCCAGGUCGAAGAAACAAUGUGUGCUGAAGUUUCCCAUGUGAUUAAAUACAAUGAAAUAGGGCCAACUGACUGGAAUAAACUUGAUAUGAUGCUGGAAUCCAUUAUCGCUGGAACUUUCAUAGAACAAACAUGUAGUUCAAAUAAAGAAUGUACGAUACGAAAUACAGGAAUAAUUUCCCAGGGGGGAUGGAAAGAGGACACAUAUUCAAGGCAAGAAGAAUUACAAAAUAAACCAUCUAUUCAACCACGAAGAAAUAAUGAUGAUGAAAAGUUCAUGAAUCUGCUUGAAAGACUCUCACUGAUAAAAUACUACCCCAAGGAAUUACACACAAGUGAUGUAUGUGUUAUCAACAGGUCUCCAAUUCAAACUAACCCUGAUCGAUGCACAGAACAAGAACUUGCUCUUUCUUAUCUGCAAAAACUGAUGAUGAUUGACUAUCGAGCAAGAUGUGUUAGUUUUCAGUGUGAAAAUCAAAACCAAGGCAAAUUAAACAACUUAUCUCAGUCCAUGAAUACAAAUAAAAGCCCUAAUAGUGAUAGCUUCUUUUCUAAUGAUGAUGAUGAUGACGUAAUAAAUAACAGUGAUGGGCCUAGGACAAACACUGAAACCAACAUUCACCCUAUGGACUUACAAAUGGCAAUUUUCCAUUGUGGAGACAAUUUUGUAAGGCAGUACAUUUACACCAAACUGUCAUUCAUCCAGUUUGCACUUCCGCUUUUAGUUCCAAAUCCUUGUCGUUCAGAAAUAGAAUUCCCUAUGUGGUCAUUCAGACAGAUUAAAAAGAGCUGGAAAUACCGUGAUGCAUCUACCAAAAAAGUGCAAUCUAAAAACUGUGCAAUCAUUGAUGCCAACACUGCACUCGUGUCCUUCGUAAGAUUUGGUGAAUCACCUGCAUCAAAAUCUCAGAUAAUGAACUCUCUACUCGGCAAUCAAACGCAUCGAGUUUUCUUUCAUAGAUACUGCCGAGGCAGCAGCAGGAAUGGUCAACUAAUGAAAGGAGUUGCAGAGAUCGCCUGGUAUCUUCCAGGUGGGAAGGACGAUGAUGUAUUUAAUGACUGCAUAGCAUUCACUAAUCUCCACGGAGAUGCAAGAGAACACAAAACACAGGUGAAAUUUUUACAUGAGAUUUCGUCUAUAAAUGUUAUAUUACUGUCAGAUGGUGAUCGCGAUGAAGAAGGCAAACGUAUCUUAGACGAAUGUUUGAGUUCCCCAAAGCCGCUAAUUUGCCUCUGUGCUGACAAAAGGAGAGUUUCCAGUGGAGUAUCUGGAACAAACGCGAAAAUUGCUGUCGAGAAUCGAAAUGAGGCUGAGUUAAUCGAUGAAUUGACGUCAAUAAUCAAAUUGUUUUUAGACAAUUCAGAAAGAAAAAUUAGCAUCGAAGCUUUCUCAGCUAUUGCAAGACAGCAUAGCUUCAUUGUUGAUGAAGAUGAUAAACAAUGUGAAGAGGGCAAGGGUAUGGCGAAAGUUUUGCUGAGUCUUAUAAGUGACAAUCCACUGUGUUCCAUAAAGGAGAAAUUUUUGCCUCUUCAAGGGAAAUUGUGGCAGUCGUGGUGCAAGAAAGACAAAGAAUUGACUCGCAUGAUGGUAAGGGGGGGGGCAAAGUGUUGAGGAAUACAAAAGUAAUAUUUUAGGAGAAAAAACACGCAUUAGGAAAGCACAGCUUGAAAAAGCAUUUCCUCUUAACGAAUUUAUGAGAUCAUUGAUUGAAAUUUUGAACCAUAAGUCAUGCACAGUAAAAACAUACUUUCUGCAUUGGUUACGCAUAUAC